GGCCACCCCCAACUCUUGCCCUAUACUGCCUUUGAAAAACCCCUCACCUACAAGCUUUGAAGAUGAUUUGGGAAGAAACUCAUUUCCCCUGUGGCAUGGCCAGCCUCAUGGUCUUUCUUUAUGCAGUGGGCAGAAAGAACCCCUCAGGUGGUUACAGUAUUUGUCAGGGUAGCUCAGUGUGCAUCAGAGACCAGUUCUGCCAUAUACAAGGUGUGUGACCUACACAAGGCUCUCGACUUCUCUGGGCCUGUUUCUUCAUCUGGAAAACAGGGAUAGUAAUAGCAUCUCUCCAAAAGGCCAUGAAGAUUAAAUGCAUUAAUUUGUAUCAAGCCCCAAGAACAUGCCUGACACUGAGUCAGCUCAGUACACACUGGCAGUUAGGAUUUCUGUCCUAUGAAGAGGGCACUAUUAUUAUCCCCGCUUUCCACAUGACUUACUGAAGCACCAGUAUUUGAACUGUUUUUGCUCCAGGGAACUCUCUUCCUGUGUGAAAGGAAUUAUGGAGAUCUCAGGGUGAUGCCAGAACCAACUGUUUGCACAUAGCUUUUGUCAACUGGGGAUCAACCCUCAUGAAAUCUGGAUGGCAGAGAGCCUCAAUAAAGCCAGCCCUUUAUUAUACAGUUCUACCAUCUGGAUCCUCCUCCUAGCUGGGCUGUAGGGCAGAUUAGAGACACAUAGUAGGCUCCUGGUCUUGCCGGGAGCCACACCCACCCUCCGCCUGCCUUUCCCCUAGCUCUGGGCGGGGACAGCUUUAUACAAAACGAGCUGCCUCUGGCCCCUCCCAUGCAGAGCGGCUGGGGAACUGGACCAGCAGAAGGAAGAAGCAUGGAGUUCAAGACUGCGGUGUGAACUGAGGAGUCCCGGACAGGCCGCUUGCUGCAGAGGGUCCAGUCCGGAUCCCAGGAGAGCCCCUCUGCCCCUUCAGACCGCGUCUCCCAUCUACAAAACGUGAAGAUUGGCCCAGUUGGCGUGUCUCUACCAAAAGGUGCAUAUACCACUGCCCCGCUGCAGGCUGAUCUGGGAAAGCCUCUGGCCCAGGGCAGAUACCGCCAUGGCCUUCCUGAUGCACCUGCUGGUCUGCGUCUUCGGAAUGGGCUCCUGGGUGACCAUCAAUGGGCUCUGGGUAGAGCUGCCCCUGCUGGUGAUGGAGCUGCCCGAGGGCUGGUACCUGCCCUCCUACCUCACGGUGGUCAUCCAGCUGGCCAACAUCGGGCCCCUCCUGGUCACCCUGCUCCAUCGCUUCCGGCCCAGCUGCCUUUCCGAAGUGCCCAUCAUCUUCACCCUGCUGGGCGUGGGAACCGUCACCUGCAUCAUCUUUGCCUUCCUCUGGAAUAUGACCUCCUGGGUGCUGGACGGCCACCACAGCAUCGCCUUCUUGGUCCUCACCUUCUUCCUGGCCCUGGUGGACUGCACCUCUUCGGUGACCUUCCUGCCGUUCAUGAGCCGGCUGCCCACCUACUACCUCACCACCUUCUUUGUGGGUGAAGGACUCAGCGGCCUCUUGCCUGCCCUGGUGGCUCUUGCCCAGGGCUCGGGUCUCACUACCUGCGUCAAUGUCACUGAGAUAUCAGACAGCGUACCAAGCCCUGUACCCACGAGGGAGACUGACAUCGCACAGGGAGUUCCCAGAGCUUUGGUGUCCGCCCUCCCCGGAACGGAAGCACCCUUGUCCCACCUGGAGAGCCGCUACCUUCCCGCCCACUUCUCACCCCUGGUCUUCUUCCUCCUGCUAUCCGUCAUGAUGGCCUGCUGCCUCGUGGCGUUCUUUGUCCUCCAGCGUCAACCCAGGUGCUGGGAGGCUUCCGUGGAAGACCUCCUCAACGACCAGGUCACCCUCCACUCCAUCCGGCCGCGGGAAGAGAAUGACUUGGGCCCUGCAGGCACGGUGGACAGCAGCCAGGGCCAGGGGCAUCUAGAGCAUCUAGAGGAGAAAGCAGCCCCCUGCUGCCCGGCGCACCUGGCCUUCAUCUAUACCCUGGUGGCCUUCGUCAACGCGCUCACCAACGGCGUGCUGCCCUCUGUGCAGACCUACUCCUGCCUGUCCUACGGGCCAGUUGCCUACCACCUGGCUGCCACCCUCAGCAUUGUGGCCAACCCUCUUGCCUCGUUGGUCUCCAUGUUCCUGCCUAACAGGUCUCUGCUGUUCCUGGGGGUCCUCUCCAUGCUUGGGACCUGCUUUGGGGGCUACAACAUGGCCAUGGCGGUGAUGAGCCCCUGCCCCCUCUUGCAGGGCCACUGGGGUGGGGAAGUCCUCAUUGUGGCCUCGUGGGUGCUUUUCAGCGGCUGCCUCAGUUACGUCAAGGUGAUGCUGGGCGUGAUCCUGCGCGACCUCAGCCGCAGCGCCCUCUUGUGGUGCGGGGCGGCGGUGCAGCUGGGCUCGCUGCUCGGAGCGCUGCUCAUGUUCCCUCUGGUCAACGUGCUGCGGCUCUUCUCGUCCGCUGACUUCUGCAAUCUGCACUGUCCCGCCUAGGCAGGCCACCGACCCCGCCCCCAUCGCCCACGGACGGAACUGCGGUCCAGAGAGGCAAGGUCACAGAGCAAGUGGCAGGAACAGAGAGACAGAGCCUGAGUAAUUGAAUCAUGAACGCAAGUGCCCACUAGGGACUGUGGGGAAGAUGACACCUGGAAAUGCAAGGUGCAGCUCUAUCCCCAACUCUGUGUCACACUACCUGUGACUACCAGCUCAGAUCUCCUUUGCUUUGACUCUCAAGAGAGGACUGAUUUGCAGCAUCUAGCUGGAGGCAGGCCCAAGGGUGUUAGAAGGGAAACAGCUGGGACGGCCAGCUGUCCCUUCAGGCUGUGUGACCUUGGGAAAGUCAUUUGGCUUCUCUGUGCCUGUUUCUUCAUGCAUGCAAUGGGGAUUCCAGUAAGUACCAACUACCUCACAGGCAUGGCACGGAGACAAAAGGAAAAAGCAGCCCGCAUCAAGCAAGCCCUCCUGGGCCACCUGCUGAUCUGACAGUCCAUCGUAGUAACAAGAGUGGCAGUCUGCACAACCUAGAAGUGGCCAGAAGGGUUGAGACAGGCCCCUGCCCUCUCUCCUUUGCCCCUCAGUCUCACAGAGGGGCUUCUACAAGACAAGCAGAUAGCGAUAGAAUCUUGGGCAUCUUGGCUUUCGGAUUCUCAGUGUGGAGGGACGUAGUACCCCACACACCCCUUCCUGUCAUCCUUCCUGGCCCAUAAAGCCCACUUGUUGGAGAGUAAGUACCCUCCUGGAAGCAGGGAGAGAUGAUUUGCCGGUGGGGCUGGGGAAGGCCCAUCCCUGAGCCUCUGAAAGUGAACUCCCCUACCAGGUUGGGGACCAGACAUGCAGAGCCCCUGGAAGUAUUCUCUCAAAUGGAGGCAACAGAGGUGAUUGUUAUUUUGUUUUAGUUUCUGUUUUUCAUUUUUUUAAAUAAAGGCAUUCCCUGCUUUUA